CACCGGGAUUAGCACGCGCUAAACCUCUCGUCCGCGCGCCCAGUCAGGUAACGCAGCAACAUCGUCUGCACCUCAAACAGCACAAACAACGACAAAAUUAGCAGGUUUUGUUUUGCGUGCCCGAUUUCGCGACUUUUAAGUUUCUGUGCUGUGAACUCACAGGCGAUUUUUGCGUUUUGUUCAUUUGAUAGUAAAUGCGCGCGCUGGGUCGCGAUAUAAAGGACGAUAAUGAUAUCGGAGAGUGAUGGAGUGAAUGAAGUCUUGUCAAGUUAAAAUACCCGAAGCCUGAUGGUCAUGGACUGAGUGAAGAAUGCCGCACGUUUGGGAGUUUAUCCUCAUUCUCAACAUUAAUGUCAUCUUUGUGGAAGCACAGCCGGUGUCAUCAAAGCUUCACGAUGGUUGGUGGGCAUACAAAGAUGUUGUCCAAGGGAGCUUUAUACCAGUGCCGUCUUUCUGGGGACUGGUUAACACUGCCUGGAACCUUUGUGCGAUUGGAAAGAGACAGUCGCCUGUAAACAUCGAAACCAGUCGAAUGAUAUUUGACCCCUUCCUCAACCCGCUACGCCUCAACGCCGGGCAACGAAAGGUCAGCGGAACCAUGUAUAACACGGGUCGACACGUGUCCCUGCGCCCAGACAAGUCGCACCUGGUGAACAUCUCUGGUGGGCCGCUGAGCUACAGCUAUAGGCUGGAGGAGAUCCGGCUUCAUUUUGGCAGCGAGGACAGCCGAGGCUCCGAGCACCUGCUCAACGGCCAGGCCUUCCCUGGAGAGGUGCAGCUCAUCCAUUACAAUCAGGACUUGUAUUUAAAUUACAGCGAUGCUGUCAGGGGCCCUAAUGGAAUUGCAGUUGUUUCUAUUUUCAUGAAGAUUUCGGAGCCUACAAAUUCAUUUCUAAACCGAAUGCUGAGCAGAGAGACCAUUACAAGGAUUACAUAUAAACAUGAUGCUUACUUACUGAUGGGGCUUGAUAUUAAAGAGCUGUAUCCAGAAACCUCCCGGUUCAUCACAUAUGAGGGGUCCAUAACUAUUCCACCGUGCCUUGAGACAGCCACCUGGAUCUUAAUGAAUAAACCAAUAUACAUCUCACAGAUAGAGAUGCAAUCUCUUCGUCUUCUCAGUCAGAACCAGCCCUCUCAGAUCUUCCUGAGCAUGGGUGACAACAUGAGACCAACGCAGCCGAUCCACCAGCGCUGCAUCCGUACCAACAUCAACUUUAGUCAGAGAAGAGACUGUCCCAACAACCGUGUGCUGAGGCCGCAAUACAGAGUGAACGAAUGGCUUCUGAAAUAACGGCUUGACAUUGAUUUGUGGCUUUGGGAAUAGCUGAAGAAUUUAGCCAAUGGACAAAGGACAUUUGGACCAAUACUGCAAGAUAAAACUAUCAAUAAAACAAAAGGGGAUUCUUCAAUAAAAAAUAAACUACUUUUAUACUUCUUUAUGUUUAUAGUAUACAGUAUAUAUAUAAAAAUCAGAGACUGUGAAAGCAAUUGCUUAUUUAUCUUACCUGACUGUUCGAUCAGUCUGGACUGCUUCUCAAUCAAAAAUGACAGUGUACUUUUUUCAACUCGCUACUGAGAUACAGUCCACCCUGACUGUUUUUAUCCAAAAAGCAGGUGCAGUUUGUGGGUGUUGCAGUCAUUGUGCAAUGCAGUACCAUUGAACUGAAAUAUAAACUUUUGAUACUAGGCAAACAAGAGGAUUUUAAGCCUAUCUUGGACAAUUUUGAGCAUGUUGCCUUCUAUAUGUAAGUGUUUACAGUGAUUAAUGAAUUGAUGAGUGAUAUCUGCCAAUAAAGUGAUCAUGGUGAACA